AAAACAGUGUUGCCUAAAGGAAGUCAGUUGUGCAUGGGCAGAGGCAUAUUUGUCAAAUUUGCAGCAGCAAGAAGCAGCACGCAGCAAAGCAGCACUACUACUUCUAUUUGAGUUUUAGUUUAUACAUUUUGAGGAAUCUCCAGUUUCAAGAAUCAAAACAUCAACAUGGGAUCUCAUGAAAUGGCAAGCGAACUGCCGUACAUGAACAACUAUAAGUCCAUCAUAAAGCGAGUGGGGCAUAACCAUGGAGUGGAGCCAUCCAUCAUAGCUGGGAUCAUCUCACGAGAGACCAGGGCUGGGACAGGAGCAGGACUGGUCAAUGGUUGGGGGGACAAUGGAAAUGCAUUUGGACUCAUGCAGGUUGACAAAAACUGGCACGUUCCACUGGGGAGAUGGGACAGUGAGGAACAUCUGAGUCAAGCAACUGGGAUACUCGUUGGUAUAAUUGGAUCGGUUCAGAGAAAAUUCCCUUCAUGGACCAAAGAGCAGCAGCUGAGAGGAGGGUUAGCAGCCUACAAUGUGGGGCUGAAUAAUGUCCACGGUUACAGUAGAGUGGAUGAGAUGACCACUGGGGGGGACUACUCCAUGGAUGUUCUUACCAGAGCUCAAUUUUACAGACGUAAUGGUUAUUAAAGUCAACUCCGUGAUUGCCUAGCAGUUUUCAAUUCAGUUUUUGAUUCAGACCAUUGUGAAGUAAAUGACAUCCUCUACUAUCUCAUCAACUUAGACUGAUGUUUAAUUGUUAAUUAAUUAUGAUUCAUUAAUCCAGUGUUUUAAUGAUCCUUGUCCUAUGGUGCACAUUUUUCUUUUGGCCUAGCAGUAAUACACUUGAGUCAACUCAUCAAACAUUCUAGUUCAUAUCAUUUUCCAAUCCAACGUAAUGAGAGAAAUGUUUCUGUCCUAUUUGUGCUCCCUGUGAUUGUCUUGCACCGUCACUAUGUAUUGAAAUAACAUGACUAGCUACAAUCUUAAAAAUAAAAUGUAUGAUUAUAAU